CUCACUCGAUCAGUCGUUCACUAAAAAGGAGAAAAAAGAAAGAUAAGAGAGAAUGUGAAAAUGAACCAAUAGCGUAAUAAGUGAAAAGCAAAGCAAGGAAGAAGAUAUUUGAGAGCUUAAGCUAAGCUAAGAUGCUAAGAUUGACUCUCUUAUGGCUUCCUGUUUUCCUUUUCUUUUUCUCUUCGUCUUCAGCACGGCCUGCACCUUAUGCUAUGCGCAUAAGCUGUGGAGCUCGUAUAAAUGUCCGAACCCCACCAACCUAUACACGUUGGUAUAAAGAUUUUGCAUAUACCGGGGGAAUUCCAGCUAAUGCAACGCAACCAAGUUUCAUCACUCCUCAUCUAAAAACACUUAGGUAUUUCCCUCUAUCUGAAGGUCCAGAAAAUUGCUAUAUAAUUAAUAGAGUACCAAAGGGGCACUAUUCUGUGAGGAUCUUCUUUGGGUUAGUUGAACAUGACAUUGACAACGAGCCUCUAUUUGAAGUAUCUGUUGAAGGCACCAUAAUUCAUUCACUGAAAUCAGGUUGGACCAGCCAUGAUGAACAGGUGUUUGCUGAAGCCCUUGUGUUUCUCUUGGAUAAUACAGUAUCUAUUUGCUUUCACAGUACUGGUCAUGGAGACCCAUCAAUUAUUUCUAUUGAAAUUCUUCAAAUUGAUGAUAAAGCAUACUAUUAUGGACCAGAAUGGGGUAAAGGUAUAAUCCUGAAAACAACUUCAAGAGUGACUUGUGGCACAGCAAAGCCAAAAUUUGAUGAAGAUUAUAGUGGGGAUCACUGGGGUGGAGAUAGAUUUUGGCACCCCAUCAGAACUUUUGGAAAAAAUGCUGAUGAACCGCGAUCUACUGAAGGUAGCAUUAAACAAGCUUCAGUUGCACCAAACUUCUAUCCAGAAGCUCUUUACCAAAGUGCAAUUGUUAGUACCAAUAGUCAGCCUGAUUUAACUUAUACAAUGGAUGUGGAUCCCAAUAAGAACUACUCUAUAUGGUUACACUUCGCGGAGAUUGAUGCUUCCAUCACCGGUGCAGGGCAAAGGGUGUUUGAUGUCCUGAUAAAUGGUGAAACUGAAUUUGAAAAUAUAGAUGUUGUGGACAUGAGUGGUGAUCGCUAUACUGCACUUGUACUUAACAAAACAGUUGCUCUUAGUGGGAGGACUCUGACAAUAACUCUUCACCCUAAAAAGGGUCAUGUCAUCCUUAAUGCGAUUGAAGUCUUUCAAAUUAUAGUUGCUGAGUCCAAAACUUCAGCAGAAGAAGUUAGGGCGUUACAGGCAUUGAAGAAAGCACUGGGGCUUCCUAAUCGUUUUGGGUGGAAUGGAGACCCAUGUGUUCCUACCGAGCAUCCAUGGAGUGGAGCUGAUUGUCAUUUUGAUAAAUCUGGCAGAAAGUGGUUCAUUGAUGGCCUUGGUCUUGACAAUCAAGGUCUAAGGGGUUUUUUGCCUAAUGAAAUAUCCAAACUACAUCACCUGAAGAGCUUAAACUUGAGUGGAAACACAAUUCAUGGAGCCAUUCCAUCUUCACUUGGAACAGUCAUUAGCUUAGAAAUAUUGGAUCUCUCCUACAAUUUCCUUAACAGAUCAAUUCCUGAAAGCCUAGGAAAGUUGACUGCAUUGCGUAGAUUGAAUCUUAAUGGUAACUCUCUGUCUGGAAGGGUUCCAACUGCACUCGGAGGAAGGCUUUUGAAUGGUGCUAGCUUCAAUUUUACUGAUAAUCCUGGUCUUUGCGGCAUACCUGGACUACCUAAAUGUGGACCCCACCUCUCUGUUGGUGCUAAGAUUGGCAUUGCCUUUGGCAUAUUUAUGUCUCUCUUACUUCUUGUUCUCUGUUCAUGGUGUUGGUGGAAACGGCGGCAGAAUAUCCUUCGAACACAACAAAUUGCAGCUGCAAGAAGUGCUCCCUAUGCAAAAUCAAGGACCCAAUCAUCGCAUGAUAUUCAGAUGUCGAGGUGUCCUAGUCGUGGGCGGACAGCGGCUGAGAAUGGACCAAGCUUGCUGUCUUGAUCGAUCAGUUUCCCAUCUUUUCGUCAUGGAAAAUGAAUUGCAGAACUACUGUGUUGAUCUUAGCUCAUGUUGCUCUGCAUGAUCUCCCUUUCCUGGGGAAAUCUUGACCGGUGAACCAGUAAAAUCCGAUAGAAUCACAUCCAUAAGGUAAGAUAACCUCGAAGAAUGACACAAAUACAGGAAAAAUGAAUUGUAUUGUACAUUAAUUGUUUGAACCCUUUUCCAAUCAGUUUUGUUAAAAAGAGAUAUUGUAACUAGUUGAAGAAGCAUCUAAGAAGUACGUGCAAAGUCAUUAUUGUUUC